AAAUCUACAUGGCUUACAGAUGCCUGCCUAACAAGAGGAACAAAGAGGAAACUAACACAAAGCAAUCUUCUUCAGUUUCAGUUCUCAAAAAGAAAUAGAACAGAACCAAUUCUGGAUGAUAUAUACAGUGAGGAAGCAGAUAAUGCAUGUACAGAAUAUAAUCAUGAAAACGAAUGUGGUACUGCUUUUGCAUUGCCAAAAGAUCUCUCUGGAAUUAGAAAUGGGAACAUAUGUGAAUCAGAUCACUCUGACAAUUUUCCAAGCCAUCUAGGAAACUUUACAAAGACUCUUCCUCCAGAGAACACUUUCCUUGGUGAUUCCAUUAAUCAGGUGGUGGAUUCAUGUGAUCCCUAUAUAUGUCCUCAUUUAAAUAAGGAUGAGUUGGAUGAACAAGGUACUAAAGAUGCUAACUGUGUGAUGACGUUCGUAAGUUAUAUUGUGGGCCGGAGAUUCCAUGCAAGUGUUGAGUUGCAACAAGGUGCAAGAAUUUUGUUGGCUAGAGACUCCAAAAAUGUUAAGGACAGGAACGCUAUCAUGGUACUCGGUGCAGAUUCUGAUUGUAGGGUGAUGCUUGGAUAUCUGCCUCGGGAGCUAUCAAAGUAUUUGUCUCCAUUAAUUGAUAACCAUUACAUAGAAUGUGAGGGGUUUGUAGACUCUCUUCCUCAUCGCGCUCAUGAUCAUGUUCCCAUUAAACUGGUUUGCCGAAAAAGUUUAGAUUGCGCCGAAAGCAAGGAAACAUGUACUGAUUGUGAUUUUCCUGAAUCCCUAUGGGACAAUCUGGUGGUUGCUAUUGAAAAUAUUAAGGUGCAUCAACCUAAAAUGAUAAAGUACCAGAAUAACUUUUCUUUGAUGAUUGAAGAGGUUAUAAGCCAUCAUUCACACCUUUUUACUAUCGAAGAAAAAACAUUUAUAGGGUAUUUUACAUCACUAUCAGAUGAAGGUCAAAGGCUUUUUAUACGAAUAUACACUCGUAAAGGACCAUGGUUCAGGGUAAGCAACAUCUCCUACUCUGAGAUUCAAGAUGUACAAAAAGCCAUUGCGGAACUACAGUUGGCAGGUUUCAUUUACUCAUUUCAUUCAUGUGAUGAUUCGUUUACAUACAACAUGAAAGAGGUUCUUGACUUGCUAAAUGUUUCUGAAAUGCGUCAAAUCAUAAGUUCAGAAGUUCAUAAGAAAGGAAUCAACUGCAGUCGCCGAAAUGAACUUGUAAAUAUCCUCUGCUCUGCUUAUGCCAGUGGAGCAUGCCCACUGCUACCAAAGAUGAUUCUCGAACAAACAGGAACCUGCAUCAGAAUUUCUUCUUUAGCUGAUGUUUUCUGGCGCAUUCAGAGGCUCUUUUUCCUUAAUGGUGAUCAGGACCUUUCAGAAUUUCUUUUAGUUGAUCUUGGGAUUAUCAAAUUUCCAGAUUAUGUCUGCAAUGUUUCUCACCAAAUUUUUGAAGAUCGUUCUGAUCUUACUGAUUAUGAAGAGGCCAUUGAAGUGGCUCAGAUAGUGGAUGAAUCUCUUGAAGCAAAUAAUGUGGAAAUGGUGACAAGAUGCAUUGACAUAGCUGAUGUCCGUAUGUGCACUGGCUUCACAAGAAAACAUGACUUCACCACUGAUCCUCCGCCGCAUUUUUAUUCAUGUUUUUCAGCAUCAUUUGUAUACUCAAAGGUGCUAUCAUUGGGUGUUUCCUUCUUUGAGCGCGAGCAUAGGUAUGAAGAUGCAAUAAGGAUUCUGAAGGGACUCCUCACAAGAGUCACUCGUGACAGUAGGAGAGGAUACUGGACCUUGAGGCUUUCUGUUAAUUUGGAACACAUGAAUUAUUUCAAUGAGAGUCUCUCUGUGGCUGAAGAAGGAAUUUUAGAUCCCUGGGUUCGUGCUGGUUCAAAAAUGGCAUUGCAAAGGCGCGUUCUCCGUUUAGGCAAACCACCUCGCCGGUGGAGGGUACCUGAUUAUGCCGAUUCUGUUAAGCGAAAAAUCAAAGAGAUUUGCAUAACUGGAAGACCUUUGACUAAUGAGACAGCAUCCAAGAAUAUGUAUUAUGGGUAUGAUGAUGAACUGUGUGGAGUCGAGCAGCUGGCCUUGCAAUACUAUGCAGAAGAAGGUGGAUGGAGCGGCAUCCACUCGGAAGGCGGGAUCUGGAUGACGAUCUAUGGCCUUCUCAUGUGGGACGUUAUAUUCAGCAAUGUCCCGGACGUUUUCAUAUCAAGAUUUCAGACUGCUCCGCUAGAUUUCGAUACGGACGACUUUUACACGAGCAGGGAGCAUCUCAUAGAAUGCCAGUUGCAGAAGAUUGAAGAUGGCAUGGCUGAGGAGAUUUUGAUCUGCUCCUGGGAGUCCCACAUGGGGGUGGCUUGCCGCGGCGUGAACUGGGAACGGCAUUCACUUCCAGAUCUACGAGCUGCUGUCUCAUGCAUCGGAGGCUGCCCGUUGGCUUCGCUCUGCCGGCAUCUGGCAGUCGAUUACCGGAGUUGGUCCAGCGGCAUGCCGGAUCUGUUGCUGUGGCGCUUCCAUGGAGAUAGCAGUCGAGGCGAAGCAAAGCUUGUAGAAGUAAAAGGCCCGAGCGAUAGGCUUUCGGAGCAGCAACGAGCAUGGCUGCUCAUCCUCAUGGAUUGUGGGUUUGAUGCUGAAGUGUGCAAAGUCAGGCCAUUAUCCAAAUGAAACGACCGUGAUAAGAUUCUCAUGUGUUUAAGCAAAUUUCAUUAGCUUGUUGGCUUUGUGCUACGGCCAAAAUCUUCUCAUUCAAUGCAAUUUGAUGUUUAAAUUUAAUUUCAUCCUGCACGCACGAUUUGGAGAAACACAAUUCGACAUGAUUUUAACAAAAACCUUUAUUACAGCUCGAA